AUGGACAGCUUCUGGAACAACAACAACCUUUUGCCAGGAAUGGACGUAGUGGUGUCACACUGCCCCAAGGAAACCUGGCCCAUUGCGGCAGGGGUUGUUUCCUUUGGAUCAACGCUGGCAGUUUCCACGUGGACGCAACUCGCUCUGUUGGGGGUUUCGACAGGCACUCGACCCCGCAUCAUUCCUUCUUCUCUCGGAGCAGCGUCCGUUUGCUUGGCGUCAAUUGCGAGUCAUCACAUGGCCAUUGUAGCACACGGUCAAAUGGAAACUUAUAAAAAGCGUCGGAGGAUUUCUACGGUGCCUUCCAUUAUGAAUCACUUGCCCGAUGGACCAAGACAAAGAUUGGAAGAAGCGUCAUCUGGUUGGAACCAGUCUUACAAAAGUUUGUCCAAAGGAGAAUGCAUUGAUUUCUUUGGUUUUGUUCGAGUUCCAAUGCACACUGUGCGAGUCUGCAUUCUUGGACUCCUAGCGUUCAAGUUGUUGGGCGGUAGAUUCUGGGCCAUUGCCCCCUCCUCCUACACGAACCUUGGAAGCUUUGCAAGACGCGGGAUACCCGCCACCGAAAAAUAUGCCAAUGUGGCACAAAAGGCCACCUUGCAACGCUGGGGGAAACAAUGGGGCUGUCAUACCUGUGGUACCAGAAUGGGUCGAUCCAAGUUUGUAGGGGAUCACAUGCCACCAAAAUCAGUCGCAGAGGAAUGGAAUGCACGGUGGCACAAUCGCAUGCUUGGACGGCGAGUUGGCUUUCGCUUUUUCCCUCAAUGCGAGCCUUGCAGUCGCAAACAGGGCAGUCUCUUGUCCAAGGCCGUGCAACAACAGCAAGGUGGAUUGGCCAAGGCCGGGGGAGGCAGGUUGGCGUACAACCACUCCUUACGACCACGAUGGAAUCAUCUUGGUGGAGGCGUUGUGGCGGGCGUCACGGUCGUUGGAGCAUCUGACCAGGACAUCCAAACGGGAAAUACACCACGGUUUCGGGACAUGGAAGACAAAGCUAGGUAUUUGUUGUAUCGAAUGUGUUGGCUCAUCAAUCACAAGUAG